AUGAUCCUGUGGCAAAGCACAGAUUUAUUGAUACACUUUUAGCAUCGGGGCUAUCUUUUCCUGCCAUGAUUUUAGUAUAUACUCCAGGUAGCAACAUAGAAAAUUUUCAUUUUAUGUGCAAAACUUUUGAGACUAAUCCAGCAGUACGCUCUGAGAAAAGCCAACCUGCUAUAGAGGAAGCAAAACGAGAUGUUUCUAUUUAUCAUACAAGGGCGAUGAGGCGGGCUGUUUUUCAGAAGUUUGGCCUUGUGUCUAGUAGUGUAAAGCCAAUGAUACUUCAAUAUUUUUACCAAGAUUUAACAGGUGACCAAUCUGCCUCUGCUACCACUGAACAAUCUUAUAUAGAUAAAAGAAUCAGAGAAAUUAUGGAUAUAGAAGAUAGUGAUGUUGUGCUAGAUUUAGGUAGUGAAAAUAGCGAUCAAGAAUCCCAGUAAAAUGCAUUUUGGUCUAAGUGUCAGAAUUAUUUAAG